GGAUGUGGCGGUGGCAGCAGUGCCGGGCCAGUUGCUCUCGCGCUUUGCCAAGGACUUGGACUGCCUUGACACUCGCCUACCUGCACUGUUGUCACAGGCUCUGGCCUGCGUGGCGGCGUUGGUCUCUGCCAUCACGGCCAUUGUGGUUUCUUCACCUGCCAUGGCUCCAUUGGCCGUGACCUUGGCGCUGGUGAUGUGGCGUGUCUCUUCAGCCUACAGCCCAGUGGCCGCGGAUGCUGCGCGGCUGGUCUCCGUCUUCAACGGUCCGGUGGUGGCUCAUUUGAUGGAAUGCUUAGAAGGCCGUGAAUACCUGCGAACCUUUGGCCAAAGCGGCAAAGCCAUGGACCAUGCCUUGGCCGUCUUGGAGGUGAAUGCACGGGCGCAGAUCUUGAACGUGGCACUUCAACGAUGGUUUGCCUUGCAAUUGGAGAUCAUUGGAGGAGUCAUGCUCCUUUGUGUGGCUGUGGCCAGUGUGUGGCGGACCAAUGCUCAUUUGGGCAUGUCUGGGCUAUCCUUGACCUACGCCUUAACGCUGACUGCGUUGGCCAAGUACUUGGUGAACUACGGCACCCGCGCGCUGGCGCAGUUCGCCUCCGUGGAGCGGCUCUUGGCCUUGAGCGCCCUGCGCCCCGAGGAGGAAGUGCAUCAAGAGGUGCAAGUGGCCGGCAAGCAAGGGCAGGCAUCUUCGACUUCACCACCAGCAGCAUGGCCUUUUGAAGGAUCUUUGGAUCUUCGGUCUUACCAGCCUUCGUACUUGGUACACAGCAAGCUUGGAGGCACUUCGAUGCCAAGCUUUCCCUUGCAGCCACUCACCUUGAAGGUCAUGGCUGGAGAGCAUCUCGCGAUGGUGGGCUCCUCUGGAGUACCAGAAUUCUGCUUGCACCAAGUGAAAGUGGAGAGUGGAAGCCGGUGGGACGAUAAUCCUUCGUUGGCGGCCCGCGAUGAGGCUCGUGAGGUUCCGUUGAAGCGGUGGCGCAAAGCCUUGCUGUGCCUUCCACAACAGUGGCUCGGUGAUGAGACGGGU